AUGUCCCACACCAAGUCUAAACGGGCGUCCAAGAAACAGGACAAGCUCCUAUUCUUUAGCACCAAACAAGGGCAAACGCGGGGAGCAGCCAUACAGGAGGAAUCCCAAGAUGGCGCCGAGACAGACGGGGCCCAAGGAACGCACAACGAGGCUGCCGGCCACAUACUCACCACGGAGGGGAUGCAGGCUAUGUUCGACGACAUGGAGGCAAAACUGCAAAACACUCUGCAGCGCUCAUUCACGGACCUCCGCACAGACAUCCACAAAUUGAGCUCCCGUACCUCAGACCUGGAAAACCAAAUGGAGGUGCAAUCGGAGGCUCACAAUCACCUAUCUUCCAAAGUGGAGGAGGUAUGGGACAGACUACAAGACUAUGAGGCCAAAAUUGCGGACUUGGAAGACCGCGCUCGCCGCAGUAACUUAAGACUGCGGAACGUGCCUGAAACAUAG